AUGUCCGCUAUUACAACCAAGUUCGUCACAGACCACAAACUCACCAAUAAGAUUAGUCUCGAAGAGCUUAGCCAAUAUGCACCAGAAAUACUUAAGCUCUUAACAGAUAAUAAAGAAAAAAGGCACCAGGCUCAUAAUCGUCUUAUAAAAGGUCAAGCACCAGUCCCAAAGGGACCAGGGUUGAAAGCUGAAAAAGUAAAUAUAUGUCAAGUAUUAGAUAGUACUGGUUUUGAGGAGACUAUUAAAGAAAUGGCUCAGCGUAUUAUACGAGAUAAACUUAGCGAAAGAGAAGUAAAAACAAUAUCUAAAAUCUUAGAGGAAACAUCCCCUGAUGCUGUCGUUGUCUUAUCUCGUCUCUCUAGGUUUCAAAAAGAAUUGCGGACCCUCAAUGCUUCAGAAAAAAUAAUUUCUGCUACAUUAAAUCUGGAG